AUGAUCAGAAAGCAUAUUUGGUCGGAUGUAGGGAAUGGGGCGACGACGUCGGCCUGGUACGAUUUUUGGUGUAAUCCAGGUCCGUUAAGUGAUUUUCUAUCGCCGAGAACCAUUACUGAUGCGGAUUUUAAGCUAGAUGAUUCAGUGGCUAAUGUCUAUUCUAAUGAUUCUUGGAGAUGGCCUACGGCUUGGAGAGAUUUGUUUCCCGUGCUCAUUCCGCUUGAUCAAAUGCAGUUAAUUCCAACAAAGCAGGAUAGACUAGUAUGGAAGGAUGGUACGGAUUUAACCGAGUUCUCUUCGUCGAUUGUUUGGCACUCGGUUCGGUACAAGGAGCCGGAAGUUAACUGGUGCAAUAUUGUUUGGUUCUCGCAGUGUAUCCCUCGGCAUGCUUUUAUGAUGUGGUUGGUCAUGAAAAGUAAGCUUUUAACUCAAGACAAAAUUCUGAAGUGGGAUAUUUCAAGGCGAAAAAAUAUUAAUAUGAUGUGUUGUCUUUUGUGCUAUGAGAAUUUUGAUUCUCAUCCUCACCUAUUCUUUAAAUGUAAGUUUUCGUCUCAAGUUUGGCAUAAAGUGAGGCAAAAGGUGGGUAUGUCAUCGGUUAACCCGAAGUGGAGGGAUAUUGUAGAUUGGCUUCUUGCUCGUGCUCGGUCAAACUCGGCUGCGGUCUAUGUUGCUAAGCUUCUAGUGGCGGCUGGUUCUUACUUCAUAUGGCAAGAGAGGAAUAAUCGGUUAUUUAAAAAUCGGCUGAGACCCCCGGAAAUGGUUAGUGAUGUUAUUUUGAAGACGGUGAGAUACAAACUUAUGGGAGCAAAGUUAAAGAAUACUGUUAAGGUGCGAAAGCUUCUUGAAGAAUGGGAUAUUCGUGGGGAUGUUAAUAACGAUGAUGGUGGCUAA